CCUGCUUUGGUCGAUCGCUGUUUCCUUCCCAAUUCCAACUCGUCGAGGGAAUGCCGAAGCUUCGCCGAGAACCCUAGAAUACCUCUCCCCCGUCUCCGUCACCAUUUCCUGCUCAAAUCAUCUUCCGCGCCAUCGAUUCUACUAGGGUUCCAUCAAGUUGCAGUUUGUUUCGGAUCUUCUUCGAGAAAAGUUGCGGUUUUGUUGGAGGGGGGAUUGCUGUCGUCGCCACUGUUCUAUAGAAUGCCGCCGUUUCUUUCAUCCUCCAGGGCGCUUGCCUUGAUUUUGUCAACCAGAAAUCGAUCUCUGGAUCUGGGUGCAGGAAUGAGAAGGCUGGGAAAGCACCCUGUGGUCAGGAGGAGGUCGGAGAGAUUUGCUCAGACUCGAAGUUUGGCUAAUAUCGCUCCUUGUGGGAAACCGUGCAUCGGGAAAUUCUUUCGUUCCGGCAAAGAGCUCGAUCCCUCCGUUGGAAACUUGCAUCGUUACGAUCAGGGGAGGUGGUUUUUGGGUUGCGGGGAUGGCGAAGAGGGAUCGGUUCUGUCGAAGAUCUACGAGGAACGGCGUGUGAUCGGGUAUUCGCCAGAACAGUUAUUUGCUGUGGUUGCAGCGGUUGAUCUGUAUGAGGGAUUUGUGCCAUGGUGCCAACGGUCUAGGGUUAUUAAGCGAAAUAGUGAUGGAUCAUUUGAUGCUGAGCUAGAGAUUGGCUUUAAGUUCCUAGUCGAAAGUUAUGUAUCUCAUGUAGAAUUGGAGAAACCAAAGCGUAUAAAGACCACUGCUUCAGAAAGUGCACUUUUUGACCAUUUGAUUAACAUUUGGGAGUUCAAUCCUGGUCCGGUCCCUGGAACUUGUGACGUUUAUUUCUUGGUGGACUUCAAAUUCAACUCACCACUUUAUCGCCAGGUGGCAUCAAUGUUUUUCAAAGAGGUAGUUUCCAGGCUAGUCACUUCUUUCACAGAUCGAUGCCGUCAAAUAUAUGGUCCUGCCGUCCAAGUGUUCGAAGAUUCUUAUCAACAAAGCCGAUGAACCAGACAUCUAUAGAUAACUGCUUUCGACCUUUGGCACGGUCAAUUUCUCUAUCAUUUCCCCCAUUCUUUCCUCGGCCGGUGAAAAUUUCUCGAGCGAGGUGUAUUUUAUCGUCGGAGAGGCCUUCAAAGAUUUUACCAGCAUAAAUUGUCAUUUGGAUCAGAAAUUCAGCAUGAAAUUUGAUUUUGAGAAGAAUGAAUUGUAACAGAGGACGUUGGAGCACCUCAUGAAGUUUCUUACAAAUUGUCGAGCAAAUAUUCAUUUAAAUAACUGAAGUUUGAUUUGUUUAGCCUAGAUA